ACUGCAGUGAACGACAAAUUCAGAAGCUUGUUAUGUCAGAAAGGAGGAGGAGGAACUUCUGUUUAGGUCUUGCCUUCACAGGGAAAGGAAACACUGAUAGUAUCUGUGUAAUCUUGCACUGAUGAGCUGGCAUCACAUUGCUUUGAAAAGAUUCAUAUUUGAGAUCUGAUGACUAAGUGUUGGUGAGCACAGCUGCUUUAGAAUCUGAGAUAAAGGAAAGAAGGAAAACAAAUCCAGAAUUGCUAUGUGAAAACCUUGCUGACAUGUAAUGCUGUCAGAACAUUCAUAAAGAACAGAAACCCCAUUCAAUGUCAAUCAGGAUGAAUAUUUAAACAACCUUUGGUCUUGAGUCAAAAUGUCCCUCUGUGCGUCUUCUCACAAGGACUUUUCUCAGUUGCUGCCACUUCAGGAUGUUGGAUGCAAUAAGACAGAAAUUAAAAACUCACCUGCUGGUAUUGGCUCUCCAGUUCCCUACAGCUGUAAUCAGUCUGCAUUGACAACAGAACACAGUCCAAUCUACAUCCCUUCGUCUUAUGUGGAAAACAGGCAUGAAUAUUCUGCAGUGGCGUUCUGCAGUCCUGCCGUGAUGAAUUACAACAUAGCCAGCAAUUUUGGUGAUUCUGAGAGUACAUCUGUGAGGCAAACAUCGAGCCCAAACAUGUUAUGGUCUGCUCCUGGCCACCUCUCCCCUCUGACACUGCACUGUCAGUCAUCACUUCUGUAUGCAGAGCAGCCUAAGAGCCCGUGGUGCGAAGUGAGACCUCUUGAACCAGUGCUGCCCGUCACCAGAGAGAUAUUAAAAAGAAGAACUAAUGGUGAUGACUGUACAAGCCCAAUUGCAAGUAAUCCUGGCUCAAAAAGAGACGCCCACUUCUGCGCAGUCUGCAGUGACUAUGCUUCAGGAUAUCACUAUGGAGUCUGGUCAUGUGAAGGCUGUAAAGCAUUCUUUAAAAGAAGUAUUCAAGGACAUAAUGAUUACAUCUGCCCAGCUACCAAUCAAUGCACGAUAGACAAAAACAGGCGCAAAAGCUGCCAGGCAUGCCGGCUACGGAAAUGCUAUGAAGUGGGAAUGAUGAAAUGUGGCUCAAGAAGAGAACGCUGUGGGUAUCGAAUCCUGCGCCGCCAUCGUAAUUCGGAGGAUUGCAUGGGCAAAACCAGGAAGUACAAUGAGGCUGCAACCCGUGUAAAAGAGAUCCUCCUCAGCACAGUCAGUCCAGAACAGUUUGUUCUAACUCUGCUUGAAGCUGAGCCUCCCAAUGUGUUGGUGAGUCGUCCUAGCAAGCCAUUCACUGAGGCCUCCAUGAUGAUGUCCCUGACAAAACUGGCAGACAAAGAGCUGGUUCACAUGAUUGGCUGGGCCAAAAAAAUUCCUGGCUUUAUUGAUCUCAGCCUCUAUGACCAAGUCAGGCUCUUGGAGAGCUGCUGGAUGGAAGUUUUAAUGAUUGGUUUAAUGUGGAGAUCAAUCGACCAUCCUGGGAAAUUAAUUUUUGCCCCGGACCUUGUACUAGACAGGGACGAGGGGAAAUGCGUAGAGGGAAUUUUGGAAAUCUUUGAUAUGCUCCUGGCCAUGACCUCGAGGUUCCGAGAGCUGAAACUGCAGCACAAGGAGUAUCUGUGUGUCAAGGCAAUGAUCCUCCUCAAUUCCAGCAUGUUUCCCUUGUCAGCAGAAGAACCCGAAAGCAACAGGAAACUGCACCACCUGCUCAAUGUGGUCACAGAUGCUCUGGUGUGGGUUAUUGCAAAGAGCGGAAUCCCCUCCCAGCAGCAGACAACUCGCCUGGCAAAUCUGUUGAUGCUGCUCUCCCACGUCAGACAUGCAAGUAACAAGGGCAUGGAGCAUCUGCUGAGCAUGAAGUGCAAAAAUGUGGUCCCAGUGUAUGACUUGCUGCUGGAGAUGUUGAACGCGCACACACUCCGAGGGCAAAGGAAGUCCCCAGUCACACAUCCUGAGUUUGAAUAAGUUUCACAUUUCCAGGUCUGAACAGAAGUACGGGGCUGCCCCAUUAUGCAGGCAAAUAUACUGCAAAUAUGCAGGCUGUCCCUAGCCUCCAUUUGCUGAAAGUUAUGGGAGAAAACUAAGCUGCUGUGAUGGGACUGCUGGAGCGUGACCUAGUGCCAGUCCUCAUCUCUUGUAGAUUCGCAAUGGGAUAUCUCGGGAAAAGAUUGCGAGGCGCACACCUCUGUCUGUUUCUGACAUUAUAAUGGCUGCACUUUUAUAGUGCCUUCUGUGAGACUCUUAAAAGCACCUUACGAAAUUAAGCCUCAGAACAGUCCUGCGAGACGGGGAAUUAUUGCCUCUCCUUUUUAAAAGCAACUGAGACAAAAAGAUGACCGGGUUGAGAUGACAGAGGUCUGUGUGGGGGCCAGGGGUCAGGGCCUCACUCUCUGUGUCCCAGCCCAAUCCUUUUAAGCACUAACUGAUCUUUUUCGGUGUGAGGUGGUAUGAAAUAUACAGCAGCAGUAUUUGGCACAAAUCUGCUUACCUGUGUGUGCUGGGCACUGGGCAACGCUGCUUUGCAGGUGAUGUGCACAGUGGAGAGGAGUUUCCUUUGUUCUUAAAUAUGCAAUGGCUGCAUGGGCCCUCAUUUGAGGGCCAUUCUGAAUAACAUCUUGGGCUAGUUCGGAGCCUCUUCAGAAAUGUGAGACCAAGCUUACAUUUGCAUUCUGUGAGCAAGUUCUUAACACCCGUGUUAUUACCUGUGUACAAUUCUUCAGUGCUUUAAAGCAGCACAAAACUGCCCCCUUCUUUCAGUCAGUGCUGACUUUUGAAAUGUGUUCUGUCUGUGACAUGACGAUGUUGUUUUAUAUAUUUAUUAACGGUGUUAAAUCUAUUAUAACAUUUAGGUACAAAAGGUUGCUGUGUGAACAUUGUGUGCGUUCAUAUGUGCUCUGCCAACCGGGGCUUGUGAGAUCAGUGGGGAAACGCCUGCAUUCCCUCCCCUUUUUUGGCUGCCUGUGCAUCUGAGUUCUGCCCGCCCCAACCGUAGGGGUGGGGAAUGGGAGGCUGAGCUGGGCUGCUGCCCUCAGGUUUGCUGCUUGUUGGUUCUCCAAGCACGUGAGACCUGAAGCUGUUCCAUAUUUUGUGCAGGAUCCUUCAGAAGUUUGUUUGACAGGUGCGAUGGCUUGUUUGAAUUGAAUGUCACUUGGGAUGCAGGCUGAGGCCUCCCUGUGUGCUGCCUUCUGCAUGUGUUUAAGACCUGCUAAGGAAAAUAAAGAAGGGAAAUAGCUCAUCUGACCACCUCAGCGAAGAGCAGAAUGGCACCAUUUGUUCCAGUCACUGCCAGUAUUGCAUUUUGAUGUGAGCUACGAUUGCAGUUGCUAUCAGUGGAAGUGUUUUACUAUAAUACAUGCAUGGUUUUGGCAUUGCGGGUGUGGUGACAUUAAACUGAGACUACCCCAAAAGUCCAUUUGGAGCCUAAGUCUUUUGGAUGAGGGACUUUGCGCUGUUCCCCCUUUGCAUGCUUUGAGUAUCUUGCAGACCCUUGAUCCUGGUGUUUUUUGAAGCCCGGGACAGUAUUUUUUAUAGGAGGGGCAUCAAGCAUUGUCAGUGAGUUGCACAGAUUUCUUGUCCUGUUUUUGAUCUUGUACUAUACCAGAUGCUGCUGCUGUCUCAAUUUUUACUGGCUACCUUUCUAUUGUUUAUAAGAAAUGUAAUAUAGCAGUGCUCUGCUAAAAUAUUUAAUGUUUACUAUAAAAAAAAAAAAAAAAAAAAAAAAAAAGGAAAAAAGAAAAAAAUGUGAGUACAGUCUUGAAUUCGUUGGCUCCUUACUCAUUUUGAGGGAAGUUUUGCUGUGAGAAGAUAUCUUUGGCUGCCAUCACCUCCCAGCCUUCCCGCUUUGUAGUGUUCUUUCUCUGAUUUUCCUUUUCCUGUGUAUUUGUUUUGUUUAAUACAAUUUUUCAAAGAAACAUUGAAGUGCUAUUUUUUGUUUUGCUAUAAAAGCGCCGAGUUUAUGUGCACUCCUGAAGCAAAUGUCUGGGAAACUGGGAAAGAGUGGGUAUCAGUCAUACAACAAAUGUCUAAAUGCCAAUUUACUCUGGAUUGAUGCAGAAGGGUGGUGCUGCAGAUUUGUGCCACGCUGUGAUUCACACGUUUCUACUCACAGUCUAAAAGGGAACAGGAUGUGAUUUCAACAGAUUUUGUUUCGUUAAGCAUUGUUUUAUUAAAAGCUACUACCAGUGUUUUAAAAUGGGCAAAACCUGAUAGCUGUCACAUCUGUGGAUUGAUGUUCAUGUGUGUGUGGGUAAAGAGGGAGGUGCACGGCACAGCUGAUAAACAAGGACCUUGUGAUAAGGCAAUGAACGCUGACUCCUGAGUAAGAUGCUGUGUUAACCGUGGGUCUGUAUCCCACAGAUCUUCUCAUGUACUGCAGCCCAGGUGAGGAGAACAUCCGUGUUCAACCCAGGCCUGAGCAGAGCUGUCGGUGCAUUUCAGCUCCUGUACAGGGAGCAUCUCCAUGUCCAGCAGGAAAGAACGGAGCUGAGGAGCUACAGAGGCCCAUCAGGAGGUGAGAAUGCGGCUGCUCUGCAGCAUCCCUUCCCUGCUGCACAUCAGCAUCUGCCACAGAGCAGGACUGGGCCAGAGGUGGUUGUUUUUGCCUGAAUUGUGCUGCAGUUCUGGGAGCUGUGAUGAGGGUGUCAUGUAUGAUUCAUCUCCAGGAAUGCUACACCUUUUCCAGAGCUCUGUUUUUGCAAAUUACAUUUGGUGCUGCCAGAGGGGAGAAGAUGAGAGGGAAAAUCCUCCCCUGAGACAGUGCCUGAUAGAGUGGGUGCUCCUAUGCAGGAAAGCAAGACAGAUAGCUCAGUUCUUCCCACGAAGAUAAAAAAACUGCCCAUGGCAAACACGUUGCUUGUACCUUGACAGCUGAUGAUUAAAGCAAGGUAUGGAUGUGCACGGCUUCAUUUGAGAUGCCUUAAACUGAGUACAGUCUGAUGUCCUGUCACAGGAAUUAAUGGUUUUUAAGGUUGAAUUUUGAUCUUCUGGCCAGUUCUCUGGAUGGCAGAAUAGCUGAGCUUGGCUGCUGUAAGCCAGCACAGCCAGGGACAGGAGUCAUGGACAUGCCUUGGCUGUUGUCACCAUUCUUCUAAGAAGAAAGUGUUGGACAUUAUUAUGUCCUGCAAGAUUAUAACUUGGCAAAGUUAAGGAUGCAGUCGUAUAUUGUGCUGACCCAGUGCCUAAACUAACACUAAGGAUAGCUUUGUAAAUGGGAGUACGGAAAGCAAGUGGAUUGCUAAAAUGUAUUGUAAAUUAUUAUUGUUGGCGUUUUACUACUGAACUGAAAUGGUGAGUUAAAAGGCCUAGUAUGUUUCAUAGCAAAAGCUUCAUUUUAUUGAUGAUAUGGGUAUUUUAUAACUUGUUCCCUUCUUUUAGCACAGAGGUCACCUACACUAACGCUUUGUUGAGUGUCAGUGAUUUCUAUGUAAGUGCAUUAAAAGCAGACUGCAGUGGUAUAAAAUGCCAGCUUCUGCUGCUGCUUGAACAGAUCUUUCUUUACUCGUCACAGUGCUGUGUAGUGAAGAGAUACCAUAUCCAUGAACAGUUGUUUCUGCACAUUUCUUAUGUCUACUGCCGUAGAAUUUUCUGAGUCCUGCUUCCUACAUGGUGUUAGUUUCAGUAGUUUGUCCUCACCACAAGUCUGGAGUGGAAACUGUUAGGAGUGAAGUUGGAACCUUUUGUUUUAUGUCUGUAAUAUGGAUGGGAAAAACAAACAAAUCAACCUUCGUCCUGUCUCUCAGCUAUUUAGUUCUGUGAAUUUAAGGUAUUUUGCCAGUGAUGCACGCAUUGUUAAGUUGUGGACUGUUGUGGCUGAAUAAACGGGUAUCACGAAACCUAAA